UGAAAACGUGCUUGUAGUUGCUCUUUUGUAACGCCGUUUUUUAUUUACAUUCUGAUCUCGUACAUGUGUGUUGCAAAAAAUAUGCAGUCAAAACCAUUUAACGAAAGUGUUGUCAAGCAUUUACUACAACAAGAGAAUGACUUCAUCUUACAAAUAUUUUCAAGUACACCGUUGCCUUUUGCUAAACAAGUUUCAGGCGAACAGGAUCAGUUAGUAACACAGUAUGUAAACGCUGCACCAAAAGGUAAAGUGUUCCUAAAACUAAGCGGAAACAUGAAUCGAGCAAACACGUUUAAAGGGCUAUAUACUAAACUCGAAGGAUUAAAGAAUGUUAAAAAACUAAAGUAUAAAGACAAAAAGAUAAAAAGGAAUUUGAAAACCAGAAUAAAGAAGAUUUCAAAGAGGGAAGAACGGGUAAUGCAAAACAAGUUGAUUAAGACAGAACAAAAUGCAGCUGGAUUAUCUAAAAUUAAAAAAGAAGAUGGGGAAAUGCCAAAAAUUCCAAGACCAAAACCUGUGUUUAAUUCGGAAGGUAAAAUGGUGUUUAGUAAAUUUGAUUUUUCUGAAAUUGGAACUAAAAAAAAACCACCUAAAACUGGAAAAGAUCCAAAGAAACUUUUACUUCAAUUGAAACAAAAGAAAGAAAAAUUUAAAACAAUGGAACAAUCGGGUGAAAAAGAAAAAGUUCAAGAACUCAAAGAAAAAGAUGCAUGGAAAUCUGUUCUGGCAAAAGCCAGUGGUGAAAAAGUGAAAGACGAUCCUGAUUUACUGAAACGCACAAUAAGUAAAAAUGAACACAAGAAGAAACAUAGUGCUAAGAAAUGGGAAUCUAGAUUAGAAAAUGUACAGAAAGGACUUCAAAAAAGGCAAGAAAAACGACAAGAAAACAUCAUGAAACGGAAAAAAGAUAAUAAAUUAAAUAAAAAGAAGAAAGCUGCUAAAAAGGGACGCGCGAUGCCUGGAUUUUAAGUUAAAUGUAUAAAAUAGUAUGGUUCAAAGUCAUUUAUUAUCGAAGAUUUCUUCUGUGUAUUAUGCAUCAUUCAUUGUGCAUAACCUCCUCAGUUUGUUGCAUUAAGAACAACGAAAGACAGAUAUCGAGCAGUAGGCAUAGCUUGUUGCACAUGGUAAUUCAUAAUGCUUUAUUUACAUAUUUUGAUUUCUGUUUGUACACGAUGUUAACAAAUUUUUAUUCACCCUAAUACAUUCUUAGCAUACACGUACGUUAAUAGCUUGUGUCAUGUAAAAAGCGGCAUGCUAUAGCGUGUUAUACAACUAUGUCGGUACAAAAUUUAGUAUACAUUAAUUUCUGUUGCGUGCGCGGAAUUUGUUCAUAAAGUUUGGUAUCUGUUCGUAAUGUAAAUUUUCUUUGAAUCAGUUCACGUUAUGGCACUUUCUGCGGUCUCGAAGUUGAUUUCGAGAUAUCGUAGGUAUCGAUUUCUCUUUGUAGACGUCUUCGUUAGUUCGUUCGAAAGUUUUUAGUAGAUGAUGGGCAAGUCGAGAACGAGGGCUUCGAUAUAGCCGCCCUCUUCAACCUCCUGCUAGGUAUCUCCAAGAGCAGAACUCACGGCGUUAGCGUGUGUCAAUGCCGUCCAAAGCGGACUGUGA